AUCGCUUGUCCUUUCGUCGUUUGAUAGUUGUACACAACGUAUAACAAGUAUCCAGAAAUAUCUAGUGUUGAUACAACGAGUGCAGUAGUGACCAUAACAUGCUUUCGAGCACGAGUACCAUUCCCAAGCUAGACGGCGAGGUCGUCACGCUCAGCAUCAUCAAGAAGCCCACCGAAACCAAGAAGAGACGCACCAAGAUUAUUUGUACCUUGGUAAGUAUUGGGUCCUCUGUCGGAGACUCAGUUGACGGAAGUGACCCAGCUGUAUUUCAUGGGCACAUAUCCUGCCGGAGUGUGUUAUGCUGUCGUGUAUCUCAACGGGCGUUAUCGUUCGUAUCUCGUCCUUACCAUUACGGGCGCUCGGCUCGAUCACUCACUGCUUCCUACUAUGUUCCAGGGACCUGCUUGUUGGAGCGAAGAAGGCCUCGGCCAGCUCAUGGACGCCGGCAUGAAUGUGGCUCGCUUCAACUUUUCCCACGGCGAUCACGAAGGACACGGAAAAGUCCUCGAACGUUUGCGCAAGGUUGCCAAGGAAAAGAAGCGCAACAUUGCGGUGCUCUUGGAUACCAAGGGUCCGGAAAUUCGUACGGGAUUUUUUGCCGACGGCAUCGACAAGAUUAACCUGUCCAAGGGAGACACGAUCGUACUGACCACGGACUAUGACUUCAAGGGCGAUAGCAAGCGUUUGGCGUGCAGUUACCCCACACUAGCCAAGUCCGUUACCCAGGGACAAGCCAUUCUUAUUGCCGACGGAUCACUCGUUUUGACCGUCUUGAGCAUCGACACGGCUAAUAACGAAGUGCAGUGUCGCGUCGAGAACAACGCUUCCAUUGGCGAACGCAAAAACAUGAAUUUGCCCGGAGUUGUCGUCGAUUUACCCACCUUCACCGAACGUGACGUCAACGAUAUCGUCAAUUUUGGUAUCAAGAACAAGGUAGACUUUAUCGCUGCUUCUUUUGUUCGCAAGGGAAGUGACGUGACCAACCUGCGCAAGCUCCUCGCCGACAAUGGCGGUCCACAGAUCAAAAUCAUUUGUAAGAUUGAGAAUCAAGAAGGCCUCGAGAACUACGGAGACAUUCUGGAGCACACGGAUGCCAUCAUGGUGGCCCGCGGUGAUCUCGGUAUGGAAAUUCCUUCGUCCAAGGUAUUUCUGGCGCAAAAGUACAUGAUUCGCGAAGCCAACGUUGCGGGCAAGCCCGUUGUCACUGCCACGCAAAUGCUCGAAAGUAUGGUGACCAACCCGCGUCCUACGCGUGCCGAAUGUUCCGACGUGGCCAACGCCGUUUACGACGGCACCGACGCCGUUAUGCUGUCGGGAGAAACCGCCAACGGUCCACACUUUGAAAAGGCCGUGCUGGUCAUGGCGCGUACGUGUUGCGAAGCCGAGUCGUCCCGCAACUACAACCUGUUGUUCCAGUCGGUCCGCAACUCAAUCGUCAUUGCGCGCGGUGGCUUGUCUACCGGGGAAUCCAUGGCCAGCAGUGCCGUCAAGUCGGCCCUCGACAUUGAAGCCAAGUUGAUUGUGGUCAUGAGUGAAACGGGCAAGAUGGGCAACUACGUGGCCAAAUUUCGUCCGGGCUUGAGUGUCCUGUGCAUGACCCCCAACGAAACGGCCGCGCGGCAGGCUAGUGGAUUGCUGUUGGGCAUGCACACGGUCGUGGUGGAUUCGUUGGAAAAAUCGGAAGAGUUGGUGGAAGAACUCAAUUACGAAUUAGUGCAAUCCAACUUUCUCAAACCCGGCGACAAGAUGGUUGUCAUUGCCGGACGCAUGGCCGGCAUGAAGGAACAGUUGCGCAUUGUGACGUUGGACGAGGGGAAGUCGUAUGGUCACAUUGUCUCCGGCACGAGCUUCUUCUUUGAACGCACACGUCUGUUGGACUUUAACGACUAACUACAGUUUUGGACGGCGUGGUUGGCGAGUGCGGUCCCGUUCCGAGGUGAUGUCCAAUAGUUUGGACGGGCGCUAAACGUCGCGUGUCUUUAAUUUUUUCUUAACAUGGUUCUAUAUGG